AUGGCCGGACAAAGACUCGUGGUGUUUGCGUUACUACAGGUCGUCUUGUUGCAGCAAUCGUUCGAGUUGUUCUCCGGUACACAUCACAUACAUUUCACAACCCUACUACUCCAUUCGAAAAAUUUCAAAUUCAUAUUAUGCAAAUAUUUAGCGUGUAAUUAGUAUGAAUUCGGAUGUCUAUCCCUACAAUUUGCAUUCUUUUUUGAUUAGGCAUUGUAUCAGAAAAACCACGAGAGGGUUGGAGAAACGUUUCUCUAGUCCCCCCUCUUUGUUUAAAUUCCAUUUUUCGAAAUUUUUCCAACGUCAAUAUAUCUAUCACGCCAUCAGCAUGAAUUUGCAAUACUAAUCUCAACAUUCUCACGACACUUUUCUGCCAGUAAAAAGCGGUUUUACUGCAGAUUCGCGCAUUUUACCAGCCCCCUAUUCCGUUUCUCUUGCAGCCCUCGCAUGGUUUUUCCGAUACAACAUACCACCAGGAUAAGCAUGGAAAUUUAAAGGUAUAAAAUAAUAGCAUUAAAAAAAAUUGGAGAUGUUCGAGAAGAGGGGGGCUGGUGAAAUGUACGUGUACGCACCCCGGCGCUGUCGUCUACAAUAAUAGCGACAAUUAUAUUUAUUUUUUUUUUUCAAAUAUUUUCUCAUCACCGUGUCGUUAACAUUAUGACCAAAUAAUUAUUUAUAACAACCGUAUUCCUGUGCAGCAUCAGAGAUGAAAACCGUGGGACUCCGGCGGCAGAGGUCACCUACAGCUGCGGUAGUGGCAGGACGUCCGGGCGGCGGCGGCGGUUGGCACGACCUCGACUACGGCAACCUGACGAACGCCAUUCGGGACAUCGUCGCCGCCACGACAAUUGACUGCUCCCUGGCCAUCCACACGGGUGUCGAGAGUACGCGGUCCUAUCACUAAGUCUCACUUAAACUACCUAAUACAUAAAUUAUUGCAGGAGUGGCAUUUCAGUUUUUCAGUAGGGAUGUAAUCAUUUGAAUCGUGCCAAUUUUUCCUUCUGCUAUUAUAUUUAUUGACAUUGACCAUAGUUCAUUUUUUCUACGAAAUAACUCACUGUACUAUGGUUUACUCCGAGUGACGUCAGUUUCGACGCACUGUUGUUUUUCCGAAAUACCUGAACAUUUAACCAUGGUAACAAUCGCCAUUUCUCACUCUCACGUCUCACAUCUCUACCGGACUCCGGUAGAGACAGCAAUUGGCAGUGGUUCGGUAAAUACCCUUUUAUUUUGCAUUUUAUCGACAACGGCGCAAUUAUAACAUUUUAUGCUGAAACCAUAUUUUAAAAAACGAGGCUGCCAAAAUAUAAUCUGAAUUCCUCAAAUGACGCCCUUGGCAAUGUCUAUAGAGCCUUUAUGAUAUUCAUUAGUAUACCGUAGGCAGUCAUUCCAUUCCGUACAAACGCAGGUUACCGAGUAAUGCAACUGCACUUGCUCUCGAGGGGGAUGCUGGGCGAAUGCAGAUUACUGGUGUUUUAGUGUCACGGGGUAUUUUAAAAAGCUUUAAAUAAUAAAAUACAUAAAAAAUACAUGUAAAAAUUAAUGGACGUGUAGGUCCAGGAUACUUUUGUGAACUGUGUGCACUUCAUAGACGCAACUAGGGGGAUGCUAGGGGAGGUUUUACCACCCCUAAAAAAAACCCUUUUAACUUUUUCACAAGAACGAAUAAAUAUUUUAUUGCUGUAUUUCAUGAUUAAUGAACAGAACAAAAUACAGAUAUCCUAUACAGACAAUGCAUAUACGUAUGAAAAAGAUUAUUAAAAUAUCUAUGAUAAAUUUGUGUAUAAAAUAUUGUAAAUAAAAUGUGUAGUUACCUAUUGUAAGAGUCGUGUAAAGGGGUAUGUGGGGGCAUAUCUCUAAUAGGUCUUUGAUGUGUUCAUAAUUUUAGCUUCUCCAAAGUUGGUGGUCUAGAUACGCCUAUGGUGCGUUCUUAAAAUUAUUCUGUGCACCACUACGUCCAGAGUUAGAAAAUCGUGUAUUGCGGCCUGCGGGGAGUUUGUCAAGCAGACGUGUUGUGUUGUGUGAAAUACCAUUUUUCGAAAGAAAUUUUACAAGAGGAAUAAGAAAUCGAUGAUAUUUUUUUAAACAUAAUUUUUGUUAUCAGAAAUUAUUAUAGGUAAUAUAAACACUACAUCGAACUCUCCCAUGAAUAUGAAUAUUAUUUUUAUACGUAAAUGUAUACAAAUAAUUUCUAAUUUCGGUUAAAAAUUAACAGCAUAAUAAUUAAUAGUUGCUAUUAUUUGUAAUAUACCUAUUAUAAUAUUGUUCGUAUUGUUUGUUCAUUCAUAUUAAUACAAAGAUGCCGAUGCCGAUUUUCCGAGUCACACAAUUAAGUCACUACACGAAAAGGGUGUAACAACGACUCACUAUGCUUUAUUAGCAACGGAUCACGUACAAUUGGUAACGUAUCACGCGCGUUAUUAUUUAGAUGGAUUACGAUAAAAUAUUAUAAUAUAAAAUCCAUAAAAAAAACACCCGUGAACAACAAAACUCAUUAUCUCAUCAGAACUUAUUAGAGUCGAAUUUUCCUUUAUCUAUUUUGUAUUAUAGACAUAUUCUCUGUGAAAAAAUAAACAACCGAAUACAAUGUAAUAAGUAUACUAAAAUUGAAACGUUGAAGGCAGUCAAAGAUUAUAUACAGAUCAAUAGGGAACGUAUAAACAAUAUAAGAUACUUCGAUAUAAUGCAGUUAUAUUUUCAAAUAAUAUGACGAGUAUUUAAAGAAUUUUGAACAAAAUAGUAAAUACUAGUCAGACUUUCGAAUUUUUCCUUAAUAAUAUAAACAAAACAAAGAAUAUGAUUAUUUCGAAAAAAAACUGUAAAACAAUUAUUUAUUAGGGAUUAGUAUAUAUAAAACGUUCAAGGAUACAGCUAUAUUUAAAGGUACCUACAUUGUUUAAUGAUAAUUAGAAGCACUCAAUAGAAAUUAAAUGCAGGAUUAAGAGGGCCAGGGUUUCGGUUCAAAAAGAUACGGACAUACUUGGCACGAUAGGUGGGCCAUUGAAGUAGAUAAGAAUUUAGGAAGGUAGCAUAUAGAGGGGAAUUUAAAGCAUAUCUGUACGCAAGGAUUGAUCACUGCUAACGAAAAACGAUUCUGAGCGGAAUUUGGUUAGACAUCAUGUUUUAAAAAGCCAUAAUAUUUACAAUUUUCGACAAAAUUUGAUGUUAACAUUAUUAGGAAAAAUAAUGCUAAAAAUACUACAUUAAACUCAACUUUUUCUUGUUGACUACUAAGUACAACUAUUUUAUCCAUAGAGUAAAAAACUCGCAAAAAAAAAAAAAUGUCUAUAAAUAGCUCAGUAAUUAAGUUAAAUGUUUUUAAAAUUUUACCAUGUCUAGGAAAGGCAAAUAUAAGUUUUAUGUCAAAAUUUCAAAUGUCUAUGAAUAUUUUUAAAAGAAUUACAUUAAAUUUUCAUUCUUCAUUAUAAAAUAAUAAAUAUUAUUACUAUGUUUUUCAAUAUCCAACACAGAUAUUUUGCUGGAUUCUCAAAAAAGAAAAAGAAAAUACUAAAAUGGGGAAAUACGAUUUUUAAAAUGAUAGGGAAUAGAAUGGAAAGUUGACACUCCCAAACAGCACAUCCUAGAUAGUAUAACGGCAUGCAUUUACAACAUUCCAUCCCCUUGCUUCCAUUUUUAUAAACAUUCGUAAUAACAAUUAACAUAAUAAUAUUAAACAAGUUACAUAUUUUCUUUAAAUGUCAACGGGAGGGGGAAGAAGAAGUUAUAAACCCCCGCUCUUCACGCGACUUUUUUUCAAAAAUAAUUAAAUAAAACAAAUGCGUAAAUUUUUUAAUUUUUAAUUUCGUUUAAUUUUAGCUUUUGGUCGAUAUGCGUCGAGCAGUGGUCGAUGGACGGCACACGUGUUACGUAAUGUUUUCGACAUCUGAGAUCAUGGAGGGUAUACUGUCGGAAGUAAUAUCAACACAUUAUUAAAUAAAACUUCGUGACGCGAUUUCAAUAGUCUAUUUGUAUUAUUCAUAUUUCCCACAGAUCCGGAGGAACAACCUGAUGUCCCGGAAUGUUCUGUACGUGUUUUUAUGGUUACGGUCCUCGGUCAGCCGGACGUUCAGAUCUGGUAUAUCAGAGGCAUUACGCGUGUGCGUCAUCACCAGUCCCAGGCCGGGAUUGUGAGUGUGUCCUCUCAUCAAUAACAAUAAUAAUAAUAUUAUUUUUAUUAUUAUUACUACUACUACUACUACUACUACUACUCUGCGGGUCCUUCCACCCUAAGCUCCGAGGAUUCAGUCCCCCUCACGCGCUUGUCUCCAGCUGCAACCGCUAUAUUAUACAUUCCCGCAGACGGGAGUCCGCGUCGAGGAGAAAGAUAUCAACAACGUAACUUUUUCCCAAGACACACAUUAUCUAACGGGCGGCGCGGAGUAAUAUUGCAAUAAAAUUGAAAAAUAAAUUCGGGGAUUUCGCAUCCCCUGCCCCCAGGACAGACCCACGCAGUGUACCGUAAACAUAAUAUCAUUCAUAUAUAAUACGUAUACAGUAAUAUAGUAUUAAUUCAAUUGAACCGCAUUAGUACAAGAUCGACGUCCUUUUUUUUCUCUCAACACGAGCUAUUAUAACACUAUCCCUGUCAAACUGUGCAGUCCCAACAUUCAGCGGUUUCAAUUCAAUAUAAUAUACAAGUGCUGAUACUGCUGAUAGAUGUGUGAAUUGUUAUAAGUAACAGGAAGGUAGGCUACAUAAAGUUAUUUAAUUUAUAUCUGUACGGAACAAUAACCCAUACAACUAAGGAAAAACGAUUCUUAGUGAAGUUCGAAUAUACAUCUAUUUAAAUUUCAUACUUUGUAUGUUUUUCGACAAAAUUUGAACUUUUAAUGCGUAUGAGAAAAACCAAUUAUGAACCUCGAGUAAAAUUGUCAAACAUUUCUACUUGACAAAACCAAAUAAAAACUUAAAAAAACUAAAAAAUGUCAAAUGCCCUUAAAUAACUUUAAAAUGUCCAGAAUGUUUUGGAACAUCUAUAAAAUGUCAUUAUUAGUGUUGUGUGAAAAUAUCAGGUCUCUGUGACUAUUAUUAACAGAAUUACAACAAAAAACCAAACCAAAUAAAAAUAAUGAAUCGUUAUUGCCAUACAUUUUCCUGUUUUUCCUACUUUUUUCUAUUUUUUCCCAAUUAGAAUGAAAAUUACUUCGACUUUAAUUAUGAAAACGACCUUAUAAUAUAUUAACUGUACAAUAUUUUCUUUCAUCAAAUAUUCUAGUCCUCAAAUUCGGAGCUAGAUACCUUUUAGAAAACAAAAACUAAAAAAAUGUAAAAUAAUGAAAUGUUUAUGUCGUAAAUAUUUGUUAGCUUUUCCUAUACUUUUUUUUUCCGAUCAUUAUGAUAACCACAUAUAAAAUCAAAACAAUUCCUCCUCAAUGCACCAAUUAAAUUUGAAAUUCGCCAUAGAAAGACUCUUCUCAUAUCUUGAUCGAAGCAAGAUUUCUGAUAGAAAAGUUGUUUUAAUAGCACUUUUUAUCAAAUAAUAGGGUAUUUAAGUAGGUAUGCGUACACAUUUUUAUCAUAUAUUUAUAUAGUACAUUAACGUUUUUGAUCUAAGCGCAUUACUCAUUUACAAAUCAGUAAAAUUUCAACACUUAUUCAUUUAUUCAACAAAAUAUUUUUCACAUGAAAUCACCACUAAACAACUCUCAACCAUUAGACAAUUAUAGCCAAUGGCUAAUAAAUAAUAAGUAAUACAUAAUUGACAGAUUAUAUUUUUAUAAUAAAAAUGUCAUCUACUAUACUUAAUAAUAAUAAUAUGACACUAAUACUAAAUACUAUAUUUUUAAAACAGUUCUGUUAAUUCAAAUUUUUCUAAUUAUAUAAUUCAUACAUUUUGUCUCUAUUGUGGUAAUGACGGUAACGUUGAUAUUAUAAAUUAUUAAUAUAGCUUUUCGGGUUUUGCAUAUUAUUAUUAAGUACAGUAGAUGACAUUUUGUUUUUACUUUUAAAUUGCAUAACAUGUCAAUUCACUCUAAUAUUAAAACAACAUAAAACUGUCCCGUGUGAACGAAUAUUUGGUAUGUCGUGCACUUGUAAGACUGAUAUAAUUUUAUAUAUUUAAAACAUUUUAUUGAAAUAAAUACAUAUAUAAAUACAAUAUUAUUUUCAAAGCCUCCUCCCCAGAAAAAUGUUGGAAAUCCGCUACUAAAAGUCACUACACAUACAUAAUAUGAUUGUAUUGUUGUGUAACGUGUACUCGUGUUAUUACCGUUGCUUGCAGUUAUCAGAUUUAUUACAGCCAGGCCACCGCCAAUGCCAAACACGGAUCAGAACUGAAAAUGGUCAAUUGGUGGUCAGCCGUAGACGGGUUAGUCAGGUUCCCGUUGUUACCUUCACCCAAACGGGUGUACUCGAAUUUCGAAGGCAGACGUUUCAUUGUUCCUGUUUUACAUGUGCGCAUUAAAAAAUAAUAUACCUCUAAUAAUAACCGUAAUGUAUAUUAUAACGAAUCGGUUCAAAAUAUCUUUUCAGACAUAAAUUCACGAAAACAAUACACAAACGCAACAUACAUACGCACACGCACCGCGGCAUUACCCGCAGUCUACACGUAACAAUGUUAAUGCAUUUAAACUUGAUAAAAAAAAUAAUACAAAUACGUAGGUAGAUUUAAUAAUAAUUGUAUUAUUGUACUGCAGCAGUAUAUUAUAUAUACCUACAUCCUACAGAAAAUAGGUACAAAAAUAUAUUAUAAUUUUGGCAAUACCUACUAAAUGAAAAACUUGAUUUUUUUUUUAUUACUACUACUACUAUAAUAUUAUCUCAUUUCUACACUAAUGCCGAGCUGCACAAAUUACUUUCAUUUUUCAUAUCAAUUUACCAUUCUUAUCGGACAAUUUGAAGGAUCUAUUUUGGUUUGAUAAAAAUAAUAUCAAAAGCAAUUCCAUAACUUUACUGAACUGAUAAUACAUAUUUUUCAGUUGUUCAUAAUUUUUUUUCUUUUUGUACCCACUAUGUUAUGUAUGAGGUUUCUUUGCUUUUCCUAUUUUUAUGGAUGUCCUCGUUUAUUCGGACUAUUUUCAUAAAUAAAAAAGUGUUAUGUUUUUAUUUAUACUAACAAUUUUAACAAAACGAAAUAAAACACAAAGGUAUUAUCACUCUAUAGAUUGUACUAAUUUAUUACCAUUAUCUUGUAUAUAGUGACCAUGGUAUUAUAAUAGAGUUGAUAAAUGAUGAAUUGUUAAAGUUCUGAAUAAAAAUGUAUUCAUUAUUGUUUAUUCUAUUUCAUAUAGCUCAUAAAUUAGAAGUAAGAAUUUAACUAUAAAUACCUCCAGUAUAUAAGUAUCUAUGCCAAAGAGAAAAUGCAUUUUCAGUGACAAUUUAAAAACAUGUUAAAUAAAUUAAAUAUUAUACUGUUAUUUCUAUUCAAUAGACAAAAAAAAACGUAAAUUUGUUUGAAUAAAAAAUAUUAAGGUUGUUAUGAUGGAAUAAUUUAAUUUUAAACAUUAUACUCAAAUUUAAAGAUUUUUUUUUUUAAUUUUCAAAGAAUGAAAAAAUAAUAAACUAUUAAAACAAAUAUCUAUCUCUGACACAUAUAAUCAUAAAUUAUGAUCGAAGUAAUAAAUUACUGAAACUAUGAAAUUAUUUAUUUAUAUUAACAUAGUUAAAAAAUUAUAUAUUUAUAACUAUAAUAAUUUUUAAAUUUUUUUUAAAUUUAUAAUACCAUACAGUAUUGAAAAAGUUAUAAUUAAUUUAUGGUACGUUUAGUUUAUUUUUUUUACUACUGGUUAACUAGAAAAUAGAUUUAGUUUAAAAAUAUGGUUUAUAUCUCUAUAUUUAAAUAUCUGUAUACUAUGAAUUAAUAGUUUAAUCAACUAGUUAUUAAUUUUUUUUAGAAAUUAUUAUCCUAUUUUUGAAGUAAACACAUCUGGUCACCUUUGCUGUAAUUGCUUCAUAGAAUAUUUCCAACUAGCUUUUUAAUACGAAAAUACUCACUUGAAUUAGCAUAAUUCAAACGUGCAUGCUAAAACAAUUUUUAUUUACAAUCAUGAUAAGGGUUGAGUUAUUAUUGUAAUUUGUAUACUAUUUACCUAUAGAACAAUAACCACAGUUAUUUUGUAUACAAAGAGUAGGAAAUUGAACUUAAAUUGUAUCUACUUUAAAUACAACAUUUUUUAAUAAACUUCAAAUUUAAAAUCUUACAAAAAAAAAAUCAUAAGGAAAUGUAUAAAUUUAAAAUGGUAGCUUCAAAUCCUUUAUCCAUAAUAUUUAGUUUUAAAGUUGUAUCUAUAAUAAUUUUUUUCUUGUAUUAUAGAAACCACCAUGGAUGUUCGUUGAAUAUUUAAAUGACAGUUUCCGAGUAGACGGCGGACGAGACGAUAAACUUAUAAAUUUGUUGGCCAACAAGCUUAAUUUCCGGUAAGUAUUAUAUAACCUAUGUGUUUACCUAACUUGUUUUUCACAAAAAUUGUUUAUAAUAGUUCAUAAUAGUUUAAAUCGAUUUUAAUGUCCCUUUUUACUUCUAAAAUUUUAAUUUUUAACCACGUAAAACGUUUAUGCAGAAAUAUACACCAAAUUCCACGAUUUGUGCGUAAAAACUUACAAAAUUAUUCCAAAAAUAAAUUUACACAAUAUUGGGUCGGUAGCCCCCCAUUUUUGAACUUUCGUCUUUUCAAAAUGUCAAUAAUUUUAUAGUGUAAUCUAUGUAGAAAUGUGCACAGACUACACUCAAUAAAAUAUCUCCCUUUUAGAAAAAAUUGGCUUGAGUCAUAGAUAAUAACCUUUAUUGAUAAUAUGUAUUUAUGGACGUGAUUAUCUUUAUAUCAUACAUUAACUCAUAAAUAUUUAGACGCGUAAUUUAACUGUCAUUUUUUUAUCACUAUGAGCUGCAAUGGUAGUCAAAUGAUUUUGUCAUAGGGAAAAAUCUAAUUUUUUAACAACUAUUAAUAUUUAAAUAGUUUUUUUUCUUAUAUAAAUAAAUAGAUAAUAAUAUUACAGUAUAUAUUAUUAAAAACAAUGAAGGAAAACGAGAUUACGGGGAUAUUAUUCGUCCCUCGUUCCUCUCGUUUGGCCACUCCUGCCGAGGUGUGCGCUCCUUAGUUUCACAUAAUGCGAAUCAAACGCAUGGGGACGCUCAUUUUAAAAACGAAUGGGUUUCGACCACAUCAUUGUGCGUCUUGUGUGCACGAAACGUUUAAAACGUUCCAUGGCACAAAGUCGACACUGUGAAACUAGACAAACAGACGCGUUUAAACGCAUAAUGAAUACCUAUUGGAUGACAUUUAAAUUUGUUUAAAAUUUCAAAAUUCAAUUUAUAUGGUUUCUGUGAUCGCCGAAUUUGCUUCUUGGAUAAAUUCGAAAAUAUUAACACUAAAACGACUAUAUUUCGUAUACAAACUAUCAAAACACGAUUGGACCAAGUAGAAUUUCAAAAUUCCAAUUUCGCUUCAAUAUUUAUUUGCCCUUCCUAACCUCCUAAUUUGUAUCUUGAAUAACUACAAAACCAAUUGUACACAAAUCAUCGCUAUGAGUACAAAGUACAAAUUCCAACUUCAGGAGCCAUGUAAAUUCAACCAUUCAAAUGUAUCUAAAUAUUUUCCAAUUUUAUGAAAAAAUUUAAAAUUGAAUGUAUCUAAUAUUUAAUGAUAAGACUUUUCCGUUAUUAAACUACCAUCCGAUUCUCGUUUAAGGGGAAGGAACAAGGUUAGCCGUUUUUACGGGCAAAUAUGACGCUUUAGACCAAAAAGUCAAAAUUGUAGGAUUUGUGUUUGACGGAUUUUAAUUUUGAAAAUAUAUUAUAAUUCUCUAAGUUCUUUUUAGGAUGCGUUGGAAUUAUUUUUUGAACUUUAAUUCCUUUCGUCAUAAGUAAAAUGCUAAAUACUAUACGUACCAACAUUUUAAAAAAAUAUUUUAAAUUUCUAUAACCAAAAUAUAAUAGUAAAUAAGAAAAAACCUAAAAAAUCAUAAUCUGUUUUUAAAAUUUAAAUCCACCAAACACAAUUACUACAGAAGUCUGGCUUUUAGGUCUAAAUAAACUAAAUUAUACACAGUUACCACUAUGGUAAUAUGCAUUCCAAUAUUAAUAUUGUAUAUUAUAAUACAUUAUGUAUACAGGAAUAAUAGUUAUAAUAAUAUAAUAUAGUAGUAAUAAUAUAAUGUAUUAAUAAACACAGAUUCACAUAUAUUGACCCACCUGAUCGUACACAAGGUUCGGGACUUGAUCGCGGUUCGUCAAUGCAAGGAGUGUUGGGUUUAAUUAGACGAAGGGUAUGCAUAAUGCAUUAUUAAUAAUAUUGUGUAUUUAAUAUUUAUAUAAAACCAAUUAAAAAGUAAAGAAGGUAAAACGCCAAAACAAUUGUAUCCACAUAAAUCCAAAUAAAAACUAAAAAUCCCCAAAACAUAUCAAAUGCGUAUAAAAAGCUCAGAAAUGACUAGAAUGUGUUGAAAUUUUACCACGUCUAAAGAAGGCUAGAGAAUAUAUGCAUAUUUCAGGUCUCUGUGAUUGUUUUCAAUCGAAUUAUAACAACAAUGAAACUAAGUCGAAAAUAAUAAAAUUGUUAUUUACGUAAACUUUCCCAUUUUUCUUACUGUUUUUUUUAGUAUUCUCAAGUGUUCAAAAACUAUAAGAAAAAUCAAAAAAUUACCUGCUCAAUUCAUCAAUAAGUUUCAAAAUUCCAUAAAAAAAAAAGCCCUCUAGUCGUUUUUUGAUUAGAACAAGAUUUCUGGUUGGAAAUAAGUAUUGUUCACAUACACACAAUAAAUAACAAUUGCUUGUACUACUGCUGGGUUUUUCAUACGACUGUAGGUGAGAAAUAGGAUUGUAGGAUACAUAAAAUUAUUUAAUUUAUUUUUGUAUGCAGCGAUAAACCAUCUAGCAAAAAACGAAUCUUAGUGAAGUUCUGGUUUGAUAUACCUAGAUUUUUACGAUAGUCGUCAACAUUUGAACUUUAAACACGUAUAAAAACGUUAUACAUUUAAAUGCUCAACUUUUACCACUAAUUGCAACUUAUAAUGAAACUCGAGUAAAGUUUUCAAACAUUUCUGCUUAGGAAAAAAAAUAUUAUUCACAUAAAACCAAAUAAAAACUAAAGAAAACUCGAAAUGUCAACUAACUAUAUAAAUGACUAAAAAUUUCUAGAAUGUUUCGAAACAUUUAAAAAAGAUCAUUAUUAGUAUUCUGUGACAAUUUCAGAUCUCUAUGUUUAUUUUAUAUCGAAUUAAAAUAAACAAAAUCGAAAUGAAUCCCUAAUUGCCGUAAAUUAUCUGGCGCCGUGCACUUUCUGCCCGUGUUUUUUCCGCUCAACACCUUUCUCGUGCUAUUUCCGCCCGUUUUCGUAAUCUUUAACUGCUACAAUUAUAUAAGAUUAUUUGCUCACAAUUUAAAAUUAUAAUUUUAUAAAUUUUAUAACAUUUUCAAAUUAUCAUAUCUUUGAUUCAGAUUUCUGAACAAAUGAUAAAUGCCUUUACCUAUCAUGAUAGGUAUAGUUACAAAUUAUAUUUCAAUUAUAAAAUUUGCAUAUUGAUUUCCGUUAUAACUAAUACAAUACAUCGAGUUCAUCAAUGGAAGGCUUGAGCUUGGAGUACGUACCAACAAAAGAAAGAAAACUUAUAUAUAUAUAUAUUUAGAUCAACGUAUUAAACAAAUAAAUGAAAAUUGCUUAUGACAAAAAUUCAAAAAAAGAUGUUUAUUAAAUUUAUCGUUUGUUCAAAAAUUAAAUAAGAUAUAAUUAUGUCUAUGUACCUACUCGUAAUAAAAUAUUUUCAAUUUUGAGUGGAUAUUCCACCUUACAUAAUAUCAGCAGGUAAAGAUUAUGACCACGACGGAAAUAGCGCGAAAAAAGUGAUAAGUGUUUCUACUUAUCCUUCGCAAGGGCGGAAAGUGCACACCGCCAUUAUCUCGUAUUUUCCCAGAUUUUAUGCAAAUUACCUAAAAAAUCAAAAACUGAUUUCCAAAUAAGUUUGUUCGUUUUUCUUUUAAGUUUUUUCCAGAUUUGUUUCAAUUAUUAUAAAUAAUAUGUACUACUUGGAAAACCUUACUUUCCUAAUUACCAACUAGACAAAGUUUUCUUUCGAGUAAGAUGCUACUCUUGAAAUUCGGAGUAUGAAUUCGGGUAGAUGACAAAAAUCAAAAUUAUUUAAAAUGUUGUAAUCGUUACGCUAUACAUAUUUUAAUUUUUUUUUUUUUUUUUACGUUGUUUUAGGAUUUUCCCUCUUAUCAUGAAAAUUGCUUGAAAAUUAAAAUCUCCAUAUAGCACCAACUAAAUCCCAAAUUUAUCAAAAAAAGUUUCUUGUCGUGUUUUGAUUAGAGCAAAAUUUCUUGUAGAAAAGUUGUCAGCAAGCAGUAAAAAAGCACUCGUCAUCUCAUAAACCAACAUAAUCUAACCUAACCUAAUCAAUAAAUUAUAAAUACCUCUCUACGCCCAAAAUCUAAACAUGAACAUGGAUUGUAUGCAACUGUGUUUAUGAGUUUUGAUAACGCAGACCGAGAUUUGUUAUUUGUAUAUAUCUCACACGAGUUUAAUUAAGUAAAAAAAAGUUCACGUACUAUAUAUUCUAUAUUAAUCAUAUAAAUUCAUAAAUAAGAUAGGCACGUAAGAACGAUGGCUGAAUUGAGGUCCUGUAUACCUAGGAAAAAAACUCUGGAUAUAUUUUGUUUGAUGUGAUUAUUAAACUCAUAUGCAAAUUAAAGAUAGUUUAUAGAAGUCGGAAAAAGAUCUUUAAUGUAUGUAAAAUGUAUUUUGUUAAACUAUACAGCAAUAGGUUCGCAAUAAUUUAGAUUCGAAGCGUAUCAAGGAAUGUAUUGGUUUACAAUGUUUAUUUUUUUAUUUUGUGAACAACUUUUCUACCAGAAUGUAUUAAGUGUAGCACUUUUUCUGAAAGUAAAUUUUAUCUAGUUAGUACUUUCGAGGUCAUUUUUUGAUUUCCCAAGCGGUUUUCUAAAUCAUUGGAAAAAAUCGGGAAAUCCGGAAAAAUGUAUGUACACAUGCCAAUAUUUCACAUUUUCUUUUUUUUUUAGUUUUUAUGUGAAUGCAAUUAUUUUGGCCAAGCAGGUCAGGUUAUUGAGGAUAUUCAUUGUAUCUAUAAGUUUGACGUCAUCCCUAAAUUAUGUUGAUUAAUUUAUGUUGAUAAGGAAGCAGAUUGGUUUGUUGGAGAUUUAUCUAUAACUUACGAGCGCAACUUAGUGGUCGAUUUUUCUUUCCUUACACUAGUCGACAACGAAGCGUUCCUAACGCACGCACCUGGACGUUUGAACGAAGCAUUUUCGCUCAUCAGACCGUUUCAUUGGUCGGUAAGUUUAAGGAAGACUUAAAACUAGCUCCCACAACGAAACAAGCAUAAUUGUAUAUAUUCUCCGACGACAACGGCAGGAAUUUAUAGAAAUAUAUUAAAAUUCAAUGUAUUAUUUAAAUUAUUAUACAUGUAUUACAAGUAUAUCAUUUUUAUACAUUUUGUUUUAUAAUAUUAGGGGAGCUGAGGAAAUAUAAUACAACACACUAUAAUAUACAAUACGAGUUCAUUCUUAUUCCCUAAGCUAAAUUAAAUUAUAUAUUAUCGGUUAAAACAGCAAUUUUGAAAAAAUAAUUUGAUACAAUUUAUUUAAAAACGAUUCCGAGUAUAAUUUCGAUUGAAAUCAUUCAUUAUAUUCAUUCCAUUGAAUAUUUUUAUAACAACACUUUUUAAAUGCGUUUCAAUAUGAAAAAAUGCCAAAACUACGUGAUUUACUAUCCUAACACCUCGUGUUAUGAAUUUUUUUUAAAUUUACGCCCUGGACACAUAAAAUGAAAUUUCAGAAAAAAAAAAAUAUAUUUUACGUCUUAUAUUACCUACGAUCCUGCAAACCUUCACAGCACACUCCAUCAUCUCCCACAGAUGAUCUUUGUCUUUAAAUGAAUAUUAUUAUAUUUACUCGAGUAUUUCAGGUUUGGCCAUUGUUAUUGAUGACGGUAAUUUUUGCCGGGCCAAUACUUUACGCGUUAAUCGACUCAACAGAUGGCCACCCCAAAGGAAAAUCUAUGUUAUAUUGGAAAUGCGUUUGGUGGUCUGUCACGGUAUUUUUACAACAGGGUAAUAUUAAACAUACUUUAGCUCCUUUCAUUAUUUUAUAUUUGUUAAGAAUUUAUGUUACAUUCAGUAACAACACGCCAAUUUGUAUCUUUAUAAUGAUAAAGUAUUAUAUUUAAUUUUCAAAAGUAAUUUAUGCACGACAACAGCUAGGUAUAAAAUAACAUAUUAUGAAAAUUUAAAAUUAAGAAAGUAUAAUAAUAUAUUAUACGAUCAGUAAAAAUAACAAGAAUUGUAGACUAUGUUUCCGUUUAACAAAAUAUAAUUUUAAAUAUUUAUAGUUUUACUCCGAUUUAAAUAAAACUUUACUUAAUAGUUAAAACACUUACCAUCGUCUAUCCGGUAUCUACCACGUAUUAUAUUAUAUGUACCUAUAGAUAUUAGAUAUUAUAACGUUCAAAUAGUUGUUCCUUUUUGUAUGAUAAAUAGCAUAUUUUUAUUUUUGUAUAAUAAACAAUGUAAACAUUGAAAAAUAUAAUUAUUAAACGCGAUAAGUACCUAUAUAUAUAUUGGAUCGGGCUUAAUAUCGAAUUUGUCUAGAGUUUCAAACAAUAAUACAAUAUUGUUAUUAUUUUUGUCUACGUGAUUUGAUGUAUAAAUCGUAAAUUUCUAUUUCAAAAUAACACAUAAGAAAUCAAUCAAACAGCAGAUAACUGUCAAAUAUCGGCCGAUAUUGGCCGCGUUUUGAUUCACCUAUAUUUUAUCAGUUUUCUUCUACAUACUGACAACUUCACAAGCUAUACAAGACUGUUAAAUUAUUAUAAUAUUAUAUAGUGACAAAAAAUGGAAAGUGCCGCAAAAUUGGAAUAAAAAGUGGUAUCCAAACAAUAGAAAAACUGUGCACUGAUACAACGCUAUAUAAUAUUAUACUUUAAAUAUUCAUAAUAAGUUUUCAAUACGUGUAGCGAACAUUACUCAUUAUUAAAACAUGUCUAUGCAUUUUUGUAUACAUAUUUGUAAGCUCCAAACAUCAGAACAGGUGUACGUACUUGUUCAAAAACCAUAUUAUUAAAGAAAAUUAAAAUAUAAUACAUAUUUUAUACAAAUUUUGAACUUUGAACAUAAUAACUGUACAUGUAUGCCCUAUUUCCUGAAUAGCGUAUACGACUACAAUACGUAUACAUAUUCUGUAUAGAUGGAUCUAAUAUAUGAUGUCGACGAAUAUCUAAAACGGUAUAGGCUAAUGGAAUCUACACAUUAAAUUAAUAAUAUAUUUUGGAAAACCUUUAGCGUAGUGGCCUACUUAAACAAAUUCAAAUAAAACUCGUAUUAUCAAUGGUAUGGAGGAGGAUACUAUAAUACUGUAAUACUAUAAUAUCAUAAUAUCAUAAUAUCAUAAUAUAAAUUUAUUCGUCUGGGUUUAGAAGAUUUAGAAACGGCCCCUCCCUCUUCUCUUUCCUCAUAUAAUACACGAGUACACGAAAAUAAAUCCAAAUAUCAUUAAUAUUUAAGAUUGGUAUAUAGUAUAAACAAUUUGAGUUUUACACAAGACUGAAUUUGGUACAAAAAAUAAUGAAAAAUAAGAACUAUUUGUAACGUAUAGAAUUUUAAUUAUCGUCGUACCUACUUAUGAUGAUAAGCAUUCAUCUAUACUUUUUGUACGCCAUCAACUAUUUUAAAGAUACUACCUAUUGAUUAAUAAUCUUAUAAAAAAAAAACAUGUUUAUAUAGCUGCAAUUAUUCCAUCAAACAAUUGUAAAAUCCGAUUUGUGGCCGGAUUAUUAAUGUUAUCCGGUACUUAUGUGAUUGGUGAUAUGUAUUCUGCUAGUCUGACGUCGAUAUUAGCGAGACCGCCAAAAGGUAUAAUACAUUUUUAUAUAAUACAGAUAGUACGAGUACCUUUUGAAUAUCUUUUGUUUUGGGGAAAACGACUUGGUCAAUUUUGAGCAUUUUUUAUUUUUUUUAAUUUCGUCUUAUGUAAUUUGUUUCCCUUUAUUUUUUGAUCUAAAUGGCACAAGUGUAUGUAUGUUCAAAAUUAGUUUAGUAUGUAGUGUUUUAGUAUAUAUGUGUAACUGUGUAAAUGUGUAUGCAUUUUCUAAAUUUAAUUUGCUGGUAUUGAAAACUAUACAAAAUUGACUCAAACCCUUUUUCCCUGCAUAUGACCAAUAAUAUAUAUAUAUCAUAUAAAUAUUAUUCACAAUUGUAAAUUCGGUAUAGGGACAGUAAGUAUAUAUGUAUAUAUAUUUCAACCAAUGUUAUAAAAUGUUUCACGGGUAAAAUAUACUAGUAUUAUAAUUUAUUUAACUGUGUACAAAACUAUUUUCUUUUUUUGUGUAUAUUAUUUCAAAUUAAAAUUUGAAUUACCCAACAGAACCUCCUAUCAACACGUUGUUCGAAUUAUCUAAAGCAAUGCGUGACUCUGGCCUACAGUUAUUGGUUGAGGCUCAAAGCGCUUCGCAAACUAUGUUGGAAGUAAGAGUUCAGUACACAUUAUUGGUAUCAUUGUUAACACGAGCGGUUAUGAAUUUUGUUAUGUAUUUUCUAUAAUACUAUAAUUUCCAUUAUCUAUAUAGAAUGGCACCGGUGUUUACGAAGAUUUAUCAAUGCUUGUGACCCGCCAACGAGAAUAUCUAAUAGAAUCUACCGAGAAAGGAAUGCAAUUGGUCAGGGACAACAAGAAUUACGCGAUCAUCGGUGGCCGGGAGACGUUCUACUAUGACAUCAAACGAUUCGGUAUAUAUGUUUAAUAAAUUCGCUUAUAAAAUUUUAAGUUACAACGAUGACAAAAACGAAUGGUUAUUUUCCAUUGGGCACCGCUUAAUAAUAAUAAUAAUAAUAAUAAUAAUUAUAAUUGUUAUGUAUAUGAAUAACAUUAUACAUUAUACAUGCACAAUAUAGAUACAUUACACGUAUAUACUUAUUUUAGUUGGCAGGAAAUAGAAAUUUUUCAAGAACAUGUAUAAAAGAAGAAUACUUUCCCUCAAAAAUAGUGGUUUAAGUGAAAAAAACUUAAGGGAGACUAUAUUUACCAAAAAUUGAGUACCGUUCCCAAUGAGUAACUAAACAUAAUCAAAUUUUCAGGAAAUCCAUCUUGGAGACAAUACUUCCAAAAUGUUUUUCUUUCACGCAUAUUAAUUGUUCAUAAAAAAAUGUAUACUAAUAGAAUUUCAAAACAAACUGUACCCCGUCCUGUCAAAUAUUAUUCUACGCAUAUAUCUGUUCAGUAAAAAUGAAACAGAAUCUCAUUUUGUUUAAUCUAAUAGCUAUUAUUAAUUUUAAUAAAACUAAUUCAUGUUUUUAAAAAUUGCAUUAAAAAUGUUUCAGUAAUAGUAAAUAAAACGUCCCCUGACUUCAAAGAUUUUAACUUACGGAAGCUGAUAAUUUUACCUUAAAUAAAAAAGGGGACUUUAAUGCCUAAAGUAAAUGUUGUUAUACCUAUGUGAAUCUACAGAUUCCGUAUGAUUAUAUUUGUAUUAAAAUGUUCAAUGCUUUAACGUUUCAUUGUAUAAUAUAAAUUUGGUAGCAAAAUGUUAUAAAUUAUAACGUUCCCAGCACUUUUCCAAUCCCGGGAACAGAACAACACUAUAUAUAUAUAUAUAUAUAUAUAUAGUACACUAUACUAUACUAUAUUAUAUGAACCAACUCUUUCUACAUAGUAGUUACCCUCGAUUGUUUACUAUUCAAUUUAAACUGAGAACCGCUAUAUGUGUAUUCACUGUACCUAUAUUUAUAUAAUAUUUAAAACUACAAUUUACUUUCGAGUGAAAUAAAACCUACGGGUGAAGUUGUCAAGUUGCUGAUAUGUAUAUAAACUGAGUACAAACUUACAUCGAUUAUUGUUAUAGCUGGAAUUAUAUAGAAAUGAAGGAGGAGUAGAAUGAUUCAACGCAUUAAUAUAAUGAUAUUAUAAUAAAUAUGCGUAUACCUAUAAUGCACAUUUUGCACACACUAUAAAAUGAUUAUUAUAGCUACAUAUAUUGUUCAUAAAAAAAAAAAAAAAGGAAUAAACUUCUAAUGUAUGAUAAAAUAUCAGUAUAUUACAGAGAGUGAUGAGUAGAUAUUAUAUUUUAAUUUAGCACUCUCUAUAUAAUAUAUUAUAAUCUACUCUAUCUAUAUAAAACAAUUUAACAAUUCUCAUUCAACAGAACUCAUAUUAAAUGCAAUAACAAUUUUUCAUCGCAUGCGAAUAAUAUGGUAAUAUCUAUUAUUCGUGUUAUUUAUAUAUUCGCAUGUUAAAUAUGGCCACAGGUGCGCAACAUUUUCAUCUGAGCGAAAAAUUGAACACGAGAUAUUCGGCCAUUGCGUUUCAACAAGCAAGUCCGUACAGAGAAAAUUUCGACGACGCGUAAAUAUUAUACAAUGCUAUUACAACAAUACUACUCUACUAGCUAAUAACUACCCGAUAUUAUCUGGGCUCAAUCCUUUCAAAGACAAAAAUCAAUAAAAUAAAUUCAAUUUAACGCGUGUCCCCGUCUCUAUCCUCAUCCGUAUUAGUGAUUAACUGUAAUCAGGGAUGUGUGUUUAGUGAAGGGUCUAUGGUGGGGCUAGUAAACGGCUUUCGUAAAUUAUUAAAUAUUGAAUUAUGUUUGAACAUUGGUGUAAGAAAGGUGUAAGGGUUUAACCCCCAUGGGUUAAAUUUAGUUCAAUAACUGCAAGAGACAUUAAUUUUUUAAAAGUCUUAGAUAGAUAGAUAGUCCCUUUUUUUUUUAUUUGCUCAACAAUUGGAGCAAUGAAUAUAAUAACUAAUAGGUACUUAUGUAUUAUAUUUAAUAAAUUAUAGUCAUAUAAGUAUAGACUAUAAUAGAGUACAAUAAUUAUUAGGUUUAUAAUAAGUAUAUUAUAAACAGUAUAAUAUAAUGAUAUUAUUAUAGUCCAUGUGUAUUUGUUUACAACCCGAAAUACGAUACCUGGGUAUAAACAUUUAUUUUUGGACGUCAGUACUCGCCCUAUGUAAUUUUUCCUAUUCAAAUCAUCCACAUCGUCACGCACACCCAUCAAACCGAAAAUUAUAUCUGCCACGGGACAUACGACUGACCGGUAUACAAUAAUAAUAAUGAUUUUGAAAUAUUGUGUGUCCGUGUUACCAGUGCCACAACAAUUAAGUAUGCAAGGUAUGCAUUUCAUAUAGACCACCUAGGGUGCCUCAAAAAUCAAAAACUUAAAUUCAAAAUUAUCCGAAUUUGGGAUAGCUUUUUGUAAUAUCUUAUUUUCAUUCAAGUAAGAAAUACAAAUUUAAAUUCGGUUCUAAAAAAAUAAAUCCUUGCAUACGAGAUUCGAAAUUCUUAGUUGCGGCAAUACAUGUGAUUGUGUAGGUACCUAAUAAAAUCUUCACGUCUCUUCAUGUAUUCAAUCCCAAGAAUGGUUUGCAGCAAUUAUCCGUCAUUCUUCCCUGUUAGCCUGUUAGCACAAAAAUCAUCCUUGGUCUAUUAUUAUUUUCAAAUAUAUUCCAAACGCAAUCUUUCCCUGUUAUUUUAACCUUAUACAUAUCCUUUUCAAUACAAUGUUUAUAAGUAUAUUAUUACGAUACACGCAUGUACGCCGUGAUGCGCGCAGUUUGAUGCAGCUAUUCGAGGGCGGCAUUCUAUCAAAAAUCACUGAAGAAGAAUACCAGAAGCUCAAUGAUAAACUGAUGGGGUCGGAAAAUUACGACGCCGAGUACGUGGCCAUCGAACCCGUACUGGAGGGAGCACAGGAGUCCCGGCAAGACGACGACGACAGACGGUUGACCACGGCCAUGUCCAUGAAGACGUUGCAGGGGGCGUUCUACGUGCUGGCGAUCGGAUCCAUUUUGGCGGGUGCGCGGUUAAUUACAAUAAUAGUCGUGUAUUGGCGGUGCGAUUUUGAGCAACCUGGUUACUAGUUUAACGUAUAAUUGGUUUUGUCUGAAUGCAUUUUCGUUCGCCGGGUAAAUCGAAUCGGCGAACAAUUAAAAACUACGUUUACUGUCUUCGUUUACCGGUUUUCCAUUUGGUAAGAUCAGUAUCUUACCAAACGAACAGUUUCAGUAGUAAAAAUCAAAAUGUUUUGGCGGUACAGAUAUUACAACCAAGUAUAAGUAUAACAAACAACAGGAAACUAUUUAACUGAAAACCGCAUCACUAUAACACGCUUAAUAAUAAUUACAUUAUAUAGGUACCCAUAUAUAAUCAGGGUUCUUAUAGUUACAACAAUGCAUUUGCACAUCGAUCUAGCCUAUAUAGAAAUUAAUAAAUGACGAGGAUUUUGAAUAACAAUUUGAAAAUUUUAAAUUUUUGAACAUUUCCGAAUUUUAACAAUAUUUUUUUUUACGUUAUUUUCCUAUUUUUACCACACAUUUUGGUACACAAAAUUGUAAUCAACUUUAAUAGAACAUAAAAUUGUAGUAGACGCCUAUAGAAAGAAAAACACAGAUAAAGGACGACAUUUAUGUUUCACAUGAUAUUAUCAUGGAAAUUCGUGUUGAGGUGAUAGAAUACACUAUUAUAUAGUAUUAUUAAUAUAUAAUUUAAACACUGGUAAGAAAAAAGUCCAAAUCUAAUAAAACUUCGUAAUGAAAUCAAUACAUUCCACACAUUACGUUCAGAAUCUAAUACAAAUUUAUUUUUUUGUUCAUAAAUAGGUUCAAAAUCAAAAAGACGUCCUAAGAUAAUGGGGAUGGGUACAGUCAUUGUUAUAGGUAAUUUAAUGUACACCUAUAAGCAACGAUAAGCCAUUGCUUACGAAAAAACGAUUCUGAGCGGAGUCCAGUUGAUAGUGAUGCUAUGUCAACAAUAUAUGUAUCAUAUUAUAGGAAAACGAUUAAAUAGGCUUUAUAUGUUUUCUUUAAUAAUAUUUAUUAAUGUUGUACUGAUUUCUCCGGUUUUCCUACAUUUUUCCCAGUUUUUCACAUUUGCUGAGAAAACUCCAAAGAAAAUCAAUAAAUGACCUCUUUAAAAUACUUUCCCAGUGAAAUUUCAGAAAAAUUGAUAUUAUUUUAUGUUGGACCAAAACUACUGGCAGAAAAAAAACAGCGCAUUAUUAUACAAAUAUAUUUCGUACAUUUUUCCGUUUUUUUCGGUUUUUCGAAUUUGAUGAGAAAACUCUUGAGAAAAUCAAAUGACCUACUUUAAGUACCACCCUACACCGAUUUAUUUUCAAAAAAGGUGUUACACGAAAAAAUCGGAGCAAGUUCUUUAGUAGAAAAAUUAUCCAUAGAAAAAAAAAAUAUAUAAACAUCUUUGUUAAACCAUAAGCUUUUUCGCUCCACUCAGAAUCUAAAUUUAUACGACUCGAUUUAUUUACAAAUUUAAAAAAAAAAGAAUCGAUUAAUAAAUUUUUUGUUCAUAUUUAACUUUUAUUUUGUUUUUCUAGACAUGGUAAGAUUUUCAAACCAUUUGAACCAUUUCUAUAGGCAUUUUAAUUUUGCGAGUUUUGUACAUAAUUUGUAUUAAGUAGGUACCUAAUCUGGAUAAAAUUGUUAGACCGAACAGGAAUGCUUAAAAAAUUUGAUAGGAAGUUCAAUAUGUCUUACUAAAAAAAAAUUAGUGUAAUUUAAAAUUUUUUUUAUAAUAAUUUUAAUAUCACAUUUUGACGAAAAUCGUAAAUAUUUUUUUUUCAAAACAUGUAUAACCGAACUUCGCUCUGAAUCAUUUUCCGUUAGCAAUGGUUUAUCGUUACUUACAGCUAUUAAUUAAAUAACUUUAUGUAUCCCACGUUCCCAACUUUCCACCUACAACAGAAGCACACCCGUCCCCAGUAUCAACUUAUUUUUUUUAUGGAUUGAAUAUUUCUAAAUUGGAAUAUAUUCUUGUACGAACUCACGAACCCUGAUUAUAAAAACCAUUAAUUAUUUAUUUGAUAAUAACGGCCUGAAUCAUUAUUGUACAUAGGUUUGUUGUUGUUCAUCGAAGUCAGAUCGUACGGCAAGUUGAGAAACGACAAACGAAUGAAACGCGAACGGCUAUUGGCUAAUAAUAAGACCCGUUUCAUACAACUCGAACUUCCGCCGUCCAAAGCAUCUAAUAACAAGUUUCAAAAUAGAUUUUACAAUAUUUGA